CACCGGGGAUUCUGGGAGAGCACCUGCCUGGACAGGGCCAGCGAAUCGCGAUGGACAACAAGGCCAUGUACCUCCACACGUUCGAUGAGAAGGAGAACGGAUCUGUGUUCGAAGAGACCUUUGAUGGGAAAAACCUCUCCAAGAUGAACCUGUGUGAUGGAUGUCCUGCAAACGGCAGAAAACCAUCUCGUCGAUGUGGGCAACUGGGCUCAAUAGCAGCCCUGAAGUAUGCUGUGGUCGGCCUGUAUCUACUAGUCUUUCUCAUCCUUGUUGGAGUCUUCAUUUUGGCAGUCUCAAGACCCCAGAGUUCCCCAGAAGACUUGAAAGUACUAAUGAGCAACGUCAAUCGGUUAAACGAGAGCUUCCGAGAUCUUCAGUUUAAAAUCAUGCAGCUGACAUUUAAAGGGGAUUUCAUGGAUCAUAUCUGGAAACUUCAGGAUCUUUUCCAGAAUCAUUCGGACUCUUUGUUUCAGCUCACAGAAUCCUUACAGAAACUGGAGCAUAACCUUAACGGCGUCCAGAACAUGGCCAGCCAAACGGACACGGUUGUCUCCAAUCUUGGCGCCAGCCUCAACCAGAUAAGCGACACGCACAACUUAGAAAUGUACAAGUUGCACACAGAGGUCAACGGCAGUAGAUACAUCUGGAGCCACCAUGACGCCAUGUUGAAGGACCUCUCGACCAAAGUGGAGGGACUUAGUGAGCAAAUCAGCGACAUGUUUGGGACAUUUAACGCCCUCAAUGGAACAUACUCCUAUGACAUAGGAAUCCACCAUUCUAGGAUACUGGAGCUUCAAGGUCUUAUAACCAAUGUUACCGAAGAUACCAGGCAAAUGAGACUUCUUCAUAUCGUGAUGGAGCAACAGCUGAAACAUGAAAUGGCUCUCAUAAAUAAUGUAACAGAGGACCUACGCCUCAAAGACUGGGAGCACUCAAUAGCCUUAAAAAACAUCUCCGUAGUCCAAGGUCCUCCUGGACCAAAGGGAGACCAAGGUCAUGAAGGAAUGGAGGGUGUUCCCGGCGUUCCUGGACUGCCUGGAUUAAGAGGUCUUCCAGGUGAAAGAGGUCUUCCAGGGCUGCCUGGACAAAAAGGUGACCAGGGCGACAUAGGACCAGCAGGGGCAAUGGGAAUUCGAGGAUUUAAAGGUGAACGAGGACCAAAAGGAGAGAAAGGUGACAAAGGUGACAGAGGAGAACUAGGGUCGGCGGAAGAAGGCGUGCUACGGCUGGUGAACGGCUCCGGUCCUCAUGAAGGCCGGGUGGAAGUGUAUCACGAAAAGCGCUGGGGAACAAUCUGUGAUGACGGCUGGGAUAAGAAGGAUGGGGACGUGGUUUGCCGGAUGUUGGGGUACAAAGGAGCAGAGGAGGUCUACAGGACAGCCAGGUUUGGACAAGGUGUGGGACGUAUCUGGAUGGACGAUGUGGCUUGCAAGGGCACGGAGGAAUCAAUCCUGCAAUGCAUCUUCUCUAGCUGGGGCAAGACCAACUGCGGCCAUGCUGAAGACGCCGGGGUGACGUGCAUCAAGCAGUGAGCCGAACACACUGGGAGCCUAUCUAUGGAGACAUUUAAUCCAGGCGGCACACGGGACAUUAAAGGAGAACUCCAGUUAUAUGUCA